GCGGGGCCUCGUCGGGGUCCGAGCAGCCGGACGGUUGGGCGGCGGGGCGGUGGGCGGCGCCGGCUGGCGGACGAGGGUCCCGGCUGAGUUGCUGGACUGAGGCAUGAGCCUUCAGCUGCGUGAUUGGGCCCAGUAGCACGUCGAGGGACUGGGGUGUACACCCACACAUGGUUUGGCCCUGCGGUGACCGGAGCAGCCCAGGUCGCCACCAUGACGAGGUUGUUAGUGGCCAAAAUCCUCUGCAUGGUGGUCGUGUUCUUCUUCAUGCUGCUUGGCUCCCUGCUCCCUGUGAAGAUCAUCGAGUCGGACUAUGAGAAGGCCCACCGCUCCAAGAAGAUCCUUUCGCUCUGCAACGCCUUUGGGGGCGGGGUCUUUCUGGCCACAUGCUUCAACGCUUUGCUGCCUGCUGUGAGGGAAAAGCUCCAGAAGGUUCUGCGCCUUGGGCACAUCAGCACCGACUACCCACUGGCCGAGACCAUCAUGCUCCUGGGCUUCCUCGUGACGGUCUUCCUGGAGCAGCUGAUCCUGACCUUCCGCAAGGAGAAGCCAUCCUUCAUCGACCUGGAGACCUUCAAUGCCAGCUCGGAUGCAGGCAGCGACUCAGAGUACGAGAGUCCCUUCAUGGGGGCCACACGGGGCCACUCCCAUGGCCCUGGCCUGCGUGUCCAGGGGCUGUCACGCCCCGGCCCCCUGCGCCUGCUCAGCCUGGCCUUCGCCCUGUCAGCACACUCCAUCUUCGAGGGCCUGGCCCUGGGCCUGCAGGAGGAGGGCGCGAAGGUGGUCAGCCUGUUCGUGGGGGUGGCCAUCCACGAGACGCUGGUGUCCGUGGCCCUGGGCAUCAGCAUGGUCAGGAGCGGUGUGACCCUACGGGAUGCGGCCAAGCUGGCGGUGACUGUGAGCGCCAUGAUCCCACUGGGUAUCGGCAUUGGCCUGGGCAUUGAGAGCGCCGAGGGCCUGCCCAGCAGUGUGGCCUCCGUGCUGCUGCAGGGCCUGGCGGGUGGCACUUUCCUCCUCGUCACCUUCCUCGAGAUCCUGGCCAAGGAGCUGGAGGAAAAGGGCGACCGCCUGCUCAAGGUGCUGUUCCUGGUGCUGGGCUAUGCCGUCCUGGCUGGGAUGGUCUUUCUCAAGUGGUGAGUGUCCUCCUCAUCGCUGCCCUGCUGGGAGCCCGGGCCACACACAGGCAGCGUCCCGGCCCUGCCUCGCCCGAGCGGGAAAGCGGUGGCCCCGGGCCCCGCCUGUGCCCAAGGGCGCCUGCCAGGACCAGGCAGCGCCCCGUCCACACCCCAAGCCUUGGGGCACUGCGACUACUUUUUAAAAUACUUCUCUUAAAAGUUUUUACCAAA